UUGUCAAACUUUGAUCGAUACGGUAUCCAUGGCAACAAAAACGACAUUGUUUAUUUACUAGUGCUGAAAAAGUCGAUUCCGGAACCAGAAUGAUUUCCGCUGCGGACAUUAAACGACUCGAGGCCCAAUGCCUGGAGCAGAUCCAGGGCGACGAGCUGUACCAUCUGCGGAACGACGCCAAGCUGCGGGCGGUGUACAGCUCCAAGAAUUACGACGAGUUCAAGGACAUUGUCGAUGCGGCCCACUUGACGCCGUUGAGCCCGCAGGAUAAGCGGAACGCCAAAACCAAGCGCAGCCGGUGGAACCAGCCUUGUAACAAUUGAAUAAAUUGCAAAUCGGUUUCCA